CUUGAUUGGAAACAGUCAAUCCAAAACAGCCUAGCCUGUUAAAGAUGAGCUUCCUCUGCAAAUGAGGUAGAAUUGUGAAGCUGAGUUUUGAAAGUGCUGGAUACUUCAAGCAGCACCAAGGAGUACCCAAUCCGGUUACUGUGUUGGAGCUGGCUGAUGAGGCACAGGAGCAAAAUGUUUAUUUUACAGUCAGGAGGAUGUGUUUCUUUAUCAGUAUGGAAGCACUGAUGGAUGGAGCACUGCAUUUUUAUCAGCUUGCGUUUGUCAACAUUCUGUGUGCAGCUUGUUGCAGCAGCUUGCCCGAAGAGAUUCCAAGAGGGCCAGUUGAUAAUCUACAAAUGACAUCUAACAAUUUUCAGCACAUUUUGUCCUGGCAGGCACAAAGUGAUCCAACUGUGCCAACAUACUAUCGUGUACUGUACAAGAACCAGAGUAACUGGAAGAUUGCAAAACAGUGUUCACGAAUUGUACAACCCUUCUGUAACAUGACAGAUGAUUUUGAAGUUUUUUCUGAUGAAUAUUCUACAUUCGUUCAGAGCUUUGUAGGAACUGAAGUAUUCAAUUCCUCUUCAAUUACUUUUUCACCACUCUCUAAUACAUUCUUGGGACCUCCAGAAUUUAAUAUCAGUUCCUGUCUACGCUGCAUAAAUAUCACCAUAAAGCUGCCACCCACUCACUUAAGAGAAAAUGGAAAGCUGCUAUCUUUAUUUGAUAUAUAUAACUACCUUGAUUAUGAAAUAACACUGAAAGCAGUUGAUGAAAAACAUAAGACGUCAUGCGAGAAAAUCACUGAAGAUCCUUUUAGUACAGUCAUUGAAGAAUUGUAUCCAAAUAGAAAUUACUGUGUGUCUGUUAUGGUCACUGCAUCUCUAAAUAAACAUUCCAUCCCAUCAGCCUGGAAAUGCAUAACUACGGACUCUAUAGCUGAGAAAGAUUACCAGAGCAUCACAAUUGCAGUAGCUGUAUGUUUUUCACUUAUUUUAGCUGUCAUCCUGAAAUGUAUGCAUGUAGGAGGUUAUAUUCUUCAAAAGAAAACACUUCCAGAUACCUUGGUAUUCAUGAAAACGUUUACCUAUUUACCAUGUACAUUUGAAUCUGAAGAAAUAGCCUCUGUAGAAGUCAUUUAUAACGAGGUUAAAAAAAAGGCAGAAGGAUCCAUUGGGGCUGUCAGCAAUGAAGAUGACAGCGAUGACGGUGAAAGCGAUGCCACGAGUAAUCAUGACUACACGAGGCGUGAUAUCAUACGCAGAGCACCUCAGUCCUCUGACACAUCUCAUGUAUUUGUGCAGCGCUCUACAAGUAGUAAUUGUGAUGACAGUAGCAGCUGGGUGAGCCAGAAUCCAGAUGAUGACCCAGAAGUCUUUGAAGAAAACGAGCUGGAUGCUGAAGAAGAGAAAGACAUUAAUAGUGAGUUACUCAGUCCUUUGUCUAAGGUAAAUUGUACCUAUUCUCUUAGGUCAAGGAGCAAUGCUUGCUUUAUGAUAAAUUUAAAAUCUGUGCUUCUGGGAAUCUCUGAAGAGACCACAGAUAGUUCUGCAGCUCUCCUCUCUUCCCAAGAAGAUGCUGUUGACUGGCAAUGUACACAUGCUGUUGAAUCCAAACUCCUUGACGACAUAGAAAGCACGCAGAAACCACAUCAUCUAAACAGCUCUGAUGUGUGGCAAAAUUCAGCUAGUUCUUCCAGUGAAAGUGACUCAUCGGAUUCAGAUAUGGACCCAAAAAGCGAAUACAUACGAAGAUGAAUAACUGAGAACCACUAUUAAUUUGUAGCAUACCAAUAGAUAUUAUCUAACUUAGCUGUUUCUGGACUGAACAUACAGAUCUGGUCCUUUUUUAGUUUUCUUUUUUUUUUUAACAUUCUGAAAACGUAUGCCCAAAUGCCAGAAAUACACAGGACUUAUUUGUAACAAAUAUUUCUGUGACCUUUCCAUGUAUGAUUCAGCUUAUGUUACCUACAGAAGAAUGAAAAGCACUGUUAGAAUGUAACAGAAAAAGGGAGUCAUUAUUUUGUCUUGUGGUUAAAUAAUGUAUUAUACAUUUUAGCUGUAACAUAGUAAAUAUUUUCUAUAAACUCAAGUGAAGAGUUAUCUUAUAGAAGGAGGAGAUGUGAGCGGCCUGCCUUUUAACCUGUCCGCUUUUUAGUUUGAAAGGGCUCUGCUACUGUUCUUUAGCUCUGUUGGUGGGUUACUCUGAAACCUGUUGCUGGAUGGAUCACAGCCAGAAGGGUAGUGCUGUGUUCAAGUCAGUGAACUGAUUUCUAAAUUCACACAGAGAAAGCUGAUCAAAUGAAAUCAUGGAGGUGUGGGGAAGGGAGUUGAAA